AUGGGUAGAGUUGCGAAGAAAGUGAACUUAAUGCUCAAGGUACAACAACUUCAGGACACACAAUGUGAAUUGCUGCUACUACGUAACUGCAUUGGAGUAUCUAAACUUUACUUCACAUUGCGGACCACCAAUCUUAUGGCCAUACACGAUGCAACUCUACUUUACGACCAGCAUAUCCUUCAAUAUUUGCGUCAAGUUGUUGGCGAUGGCGCUGGCUUUGGACCGGUACAACAAAGGUUACCUACCUUACCUUUUAAAUACGGUGGUUUUGGUGUUUACACCAUGGCAGAUACUGGGAAAUAUUGCUACUUGGCUUCAUAUGCACAAACUCAGCAGCUACAACAAGAUAUCCUAAAGCUUCCAUCUCCCUCAGAUCUGUGCCCUUGCUUCGAACGUGCUCUACAGAUCUUUACACAGGAAACUUUACCCUCAUGCUUUGUUCUAAACGACAGAGAAUCUAUUUUGUGGCAACAUAACAGGGAUAAGCAUGCUAUGGAUUUCUUAAAAGCCAUCCCUAUCACAGCUUAUGCUCCAUUUCUGCAAGGUCCAUGGACAUAUACGGCGAUCAUGCUAUUCACUGCGCCAGCAAAGUGGGACUCAAAUUUAGACAUGAUAUGGUUCGUGAUGGCUUUGCUGAUAUGUGUUAAAGCCGGUGUCGCAACGAGGAAAGAAGUUUCAUUGGGUUUUCUAUCCAAUAAUGCAAACACUCUAAAGCCAGCAGACAUCAUGGUUUAUAACUGGGAAGAUAGUAAGAAUGUUUGCUUUGAUGUCACAUGGGUCUCCCCAUUUACAACUGCCCGUAUGCGUUCCUACUCUCCAGGCCAUGCUAUCUCUGUAGUGGUGACCCUCAAGAUGCGCAAGUUGAGGAACUAUCUUGCUAGUCAAGAUGCCAAUUGUAAAGUAGGAGGGUCUCUUUUUCACAUAAUAGGUAUUAUUAUUCAAAAGGGAGUGGGUGCCCAGAUUGUUGCUAGGCUACCAACACCCAUGAUGUAUAAACUGACUUUGUUUGCAGAAGAUAGUGUUUGCUCAUGUUGUAAUCGGGUUAUGGAUCUGUUUGGUGACCAUGCCAUCCAUUGUGCUAGUGAAGUGGGUCUAAAAUAUCGCCAUGAUAUGAUAAGAGACCUGUUUGUGGAGUUGUGUUAUAAAGCUGGAGUAGCUGCAAGAAAAGAGGCGUCACUGGGUCUUACAUCUGACAUGAGCACCCCUCUCAAACCGGCAGACCUCAUGAUAUAUAAAUGGGAGAAUGGAAAGGACAUUUGUUUCAGCGUCACGGGUGUUUCACCUUUUUCCAGAGGAGGAAACCGUGCCUUCACACCAGGCCACGCAAUCUUUGCUGCUAUCGCACGUAAACGCAACAAAUACGCUGAUCUGCGCUCGACUUAUGGGUACGGUUUUAGUGUUUUAGCCUUUACGACAUUGGGGGAAUUGAGUGAAGACAUUACAAUCCUUUUGAAAAGAUUGAAGAACUGCAUGGCAAGUCAUGAUGUUAAUAACGAUUUAGGCAGUUUUCUUUUCCUCAGCAACUUUUGUAUUCGUUUUCAGGGCCUUGUCAAAGUUGAGGUGUUUCAGGGGGAGUGGUGUAGGAUUUAUAAAAGCAGGAUUGUUGUGUGUAAUUACAAUGCUUCUUCCUCUUAUGCCACCAACACUGACAGCAAUCCCUUGGAUGCUCCAGAUGCAGUUCUUCUCACUAUGGAGAUGCUUGACAGGGUAAUGCGAAAGCAUAUUACCACAAUUAUAAGUAUCCCCCCACCUUGUAGAUUACAAUUUUCCCAAACUCUUAAAGCUGCAUUAGACAAUGUCAUUUCCAAACCUAUGCAUCUAGAUGCUUGGUUGCAACUGCUUUUACUCCCUGUCUGCACAUUGAACCUUUAUGUUCCGAAGUACUCAUCGGAAGAACGUUCAGGAAAUAGAAGAAAACUUCAGGUGGCUGCCAUCAAUCAGGAUUUCAUGCUGUGGAAUGAGCCAGAAGGAUGUUUUAAAUUGACCCAAGAAUUAUUAGGUUUCUCGAAACCUAAGCCACAUCACAAGCCUAUUCUGAAGAAUAAGAAGAACUCCAAUGUAGAAGCUAGCAGAAGGAAGAUCAGUCAUGGGAAUUUCUCAGCUGCUAUUCGCAUCCUGUCAUCCAAUGGUGUGGCUCCUUCUACACCAGACACCCUUUAUGAAUUGCAGCAAAAACACCCUCCAACACCUCCUCCUGCCAUUCCCAUAGAGAACAUCUCAGCCACGACCUUGUCAGUGGAUGCUACAUUGGUGCUUUCUGCCAUUAAGAGCUUUCCAAAAGGGACUUCAUGUGGGAGAGAAGGUCUCAGAGACCAACAUCUGUUGGACGCAAUGAGUGGCCCUACUGCUGCUAUUGCUGAUGAUCUACUAAAAUCCAUGGCUGGUGUUGUUAACUUGUGGCUGUCAGGUCAGUGUCCUCCCAUUCUCGGUGAAUAUGUGGCUAGUGCUCCUCUCACUCCACUGCUCAAACCUGGAGGUGGGUUGAGAUCAAUUGCUGUAGGUACUAUAUGGAGGCGGUUGUGUUCCAAAUUAGCCGCAACCUCUGUAACCAAAGAUAUGACAGAAUACCUAGGUACUUACCAGUUUGGGGUUGGAAUACCUUGUGGGAGUGAAGGCAUUAUGCAUGCUGCAAACCGGCUACUAGAGAUGAAGGGUUGCGAGUCCAACAUGACUAUGUUGUUGAUUGAUUUUUCCAACGCUUUUAACCUAGUUGACAGGUCCACUUUGAUUAAGGAAGUAAGAGCUCACUGCCCCAGUAUUGCAAGAUGGGUUGAAUUUUGUUAUUCAACACCUGCAAGACUCUAUUACAAUGACAAUAUACUCUCUUCCGCAACAGGUGUUCAGCAGGGUGACCCUUUGGGUCCACUUUUAUUUGCUCUUGUCUUGCAACUUGUUGCUGAGUUGAUUGCUUCUCAAUGCACUCUAGAUUUCCACGCCUGGUACUUAGACGAUGGAACCAUAGCAUGUGACACUCUAGGUGUUGUCAACGCCUUGAAAAUAUUGCAAGAAGAAAGGCCUAGAAGAGGACAACAUCUAAACAUAUCUAAGACUAGGGUAUUUUGGCCAACUAAUGAUUCUAGAAGAGAUUCACCUGAUGUCUUCCCCGCUCAAAUCAGCAAGCAAUCCGUUGUGGUGAAAGUACUUGGUGGGCAUGUCAGCCUUGACUUAUAAUACUGCAGUAAUUUGGUACAUGCAAGAGUCGAUAAAGCUGUGCAUCUCAUGACCUGUAUACAACAGCAGCAAUACCCACAGAGAUAAUGGUUGGAGACGGAGCAGGCUUUGGUUUGAUUCAGCAGCGCAUUGCUACAUUGACAAUCAAAAACGGAGGCCUUAGUGUUCUUAGUAUGUCAUAUACGGGGAACUAUUGCUAUCUUGCUUCUUAUGCUCAGACUCAGUUCCUGCAAAGUGCCAUUUUAUCAUGCUCUUCAACUUUAGAAUCAUGCCACAACUAUCAACAUGCCUUGCAGACAUACACUCAGGCCUGUGGAUUAUCUGCUUCCACCUUCAACAUCAAUGAUGCCGCCCCUCAGUAUAUGAAUUCUUUGGCGGUUAAAUACUUUGAUGUUAUUAUGGAUAAGAUACCCACAAGUUAUUCCUUGUCUGAGCGUGACUUCUUCCUUUGGCAGAGCAACCGUACAUCAAAUGCGAUGGAAUUUCUCAAAGCCAUUCCAAUUAGUGGACUAAAUCAGGCAGUUGGACCAAGACACUUCCGUGUCGUGCUCCAAUAUCGUUUUAGCAUACCUCUUUUCCACAAAGAUGUUGUAUGCUGCAGUUGUAGUAGACCCAUGGACGUCUUCGGAGACCAUGCUUUACAUUGCGCCAAAUAUGUGGUACUAAAUUUCGUCAUGAUCUUGCGAAAGAUGUCUUGGCUGAAAUUUGUUAUAGAGCCCGUGUACCUGCAAAGAAAGAAGCUUCCUUGGGUGUUCUGUAUAACUUUAACAAAGACUUAAAGCCAGCUGAUAUUCUCGUGUAUAAUUGGAUAGAUGGUAAGGAUGUAUGCUUUGAUGUCACAUGUGUCUCGCCAUUCACAACUGCCAGGACACGCAACUUUACUCCAGGGCAUGCCAUUUCAGCUACAAUUACGCGUAAAUGUCACAAAUACCUCGACAAGUGUGCUGCACUUGGAUAUGGAUUUGGGGUGUUGGCUUUUUCUACCUUAGGUGAGCUAAGUGAAUAUAAAAUUACUUUUCUGAGAAGAUUGAGAAACUGUCUCAUUGGUCAUGAUGCCAACUCCAAGGUAGGUGAUUCUCUCUUUCAUAGGUUAGGCAUUGAUAUUCAAAAGGGUGUUUGCCUUCCACCGAUGUCGUCGUAUAAUGUCGUCGUUGACAUUGUACCUUGUAUGAUAUGUAAUAAUAAUAAUAAUAAUCUUUCCCUGUA